AUGUGUAGGAAAAGGAUUAUACAGGUCAGAUCAGACAUGGGAGAAAGAGAGGACUCCUCAGCAUGGCAAAGAAGAUGGACAAGACUGUUAUCAAGAAAAAGAAGUCCCAUGACCUCCCAGAAUGGCAUAGAAGAAGAGCUGUUGCAUCAGGGAAGAGUUCCUGGCCUAACCAAUGAUGAGGCUCCCAAACAAAGUCCUAAUCGCAGCCAUCCCAACUGUGGCAGCCCCAGCCCCAGUAAAUCUGCAUGCUGUGUCAAUGUCCCUGAAAUGGCACUUCUUUGGAAGUUAUGCCUAGGGAUAAGUCAGGUCAAGGGUCCUGAGGCUGCCAAGCUGCUGAGGCUCUGA